AUUUUAUUAUUCUUCAAAUUAUUGUAGCUAAUUUGAAUUUUGGCGGUUCCUCGGCUCAACGUCACAUCCGUAAAACUUUGUAAAGAACAUGCCGGCUAGGUGGUGGCAGCACAGUAUCACGCAGUGUGACGUUCGAAAUGAUUUCUGCCAGCGUUUGAAUUUCACUUGAGGAAUCUCAUAGACGCUUAUCUAUUUAACUAAAACUCCUAUGCAUUCACAAUGCAUAAUAUUGUACCAUAAGUUUUUAAUAUCGGUAGAGUGCAUGAUUCGAGUCGAUGUGUUUGAAAUAAGUCGGACUAGUGAUCACUUUAAUCUAUUGUAACUCACGCUCGGUUGACCCUGUUUUUAUACUUUCACCAACCUAUUUUCAUACAUUCAUAGCAAAUGGGGAGCAGCAGUCAGUUGUAUAGUCUCUCGUGGGGAGAAUUUAGCUCAUCUUUGGCUUCUGCUGUACAGUUACUUAGAGGACAUGGAGAUUUAGUGGAUGUAACAUUAGCAGCAGGAGGGCGUAGCUUUCCUGCACACAAGAUCGUGCUCUCGGCGGCAAGUCCCUUUUUGCUGGAUUUACUGAAGAGUACACCUUGCCAACAUCCAGUAGUUAUGCUAGCAGGUAUCGGAGCAGAUGAUUUAGAAUCAUUAUUGGAGUUUGUUUAUCGAGGUGAAGUCAGCGUUGAACCAUCUCAAUUACCAUCUCUUCUUCAAGCUGCUCAUUGUUUGUGUAUUCAUGGUUUAACACCUCCAACAAUAUUAACAGAAAGCGGCGAAGAAGUACCCCCAUCUGCAAUACCUGCGGCUAAUGAAGGUUUAUCAAGAGAAACUCUUAGUUCUUACUUCCCUUUAAAGAGAAGGAAAAAGAGAAGAAAGUCCUCCUCAUCUUCAGGAAAAUGGGCACGCGGAAACAUGACUAAUGACAGUGAAAACAGGCAUUUAAAUACACACGCAGAUGAUCAUGGAACAACAGAUUAUGAUCCAAAGGAUAUCGAUGCUCAUCAUGGAGAUGACACAGGAGAUGGACAAUCCAAAACACGGAACAUGUCGGAUCAACCGAUAUCUUGUCCAUUAUGUGGUGCGAUGUUACGUCAAUCGAGGAACUUGAGAAGACAUUUGGAACUUCUUCACUUUGGACUUGGGAAUGGUAGCAAAGCUGGCCUACACGUGAGACAUCGAAGGAACGACAGAGGUGGAAAUUAUUUUAGACCAUCAUUGCCAUGCAUUCGUACACCACACGCACCAAGAACGGAUUCUCAUCAUCCAAGAGCUAAUGAACACUCGGACUUCCCAACGAUGACACCAUUAUCAGUACCUUCUACGGUGAGCUCCGGCAAUCUCAUGGGACCGGGUUCAAGUGUAUUAGGAUCGGCUGAACAAAAUGCACAUUCCUUAUCUACGGUUUCGGCUACUUCCUGCGGUGUUUCCAUGGGACCAGCCAACAAUGGGAUUUAUACGUCAGAUACUAGUGCCAGUAUGCUGGGCUGUUUACUACCGUCUUUGCCUUCACUGCCCUCUCUUUCAUCUCCUCAUGAUGUUUUCCGACAUGGUGAAAUGUUACGAGCAUAUCAUGAUCCUACGAGACAACAUGCUAGACAUUUGCAACGCACCGACGUUACCUAAUUUUUAGGUUUUAGCGUUAAGGGACACACUUGCGUUUUAACCUAUAUAUAAUUUUAUUACUUUUUCGAGCAUUAUUUUAUUAUCGAUUUAACUUUAUUUGAUAUAUCAUAUUCUUCUCUCUUUUCUUUUUUUAAUUUUUUUAAUUUUUUUAAUUUUUAUUGACGCAAUUAAUUAAUAAUCUUUUCCUCUCUCUCUUUCUUUCUCUCUCUCUCUCUCUCUCUCUCUCUCUAUCUUUUUUGCAAAACUAGGUGGGAAAAGUGCUUUUUUUAUAUUUAUCGUAAUAUUUGCAAAUUUAGUUGAUAUUUUUUCUUUUUCUAUUACUUUCGGUUUUUUUUUUUUUAUUUCUUUUUUAUUUUUUUUUACAAGAUCUAAGAAUUAAUUAAUUGAUUAAUUAAUUAUGCUUCUCUCGUAAUUGUGUAUCUCGUAAAAGAGGCAAUUUUUUUUUCUUUUUUUUUUCUUUUUUAUUUCUUUUUUUUUUUUCAAUCUUUUUCUUUGAUUUUCUUUUUAAUGGGAUAUAGGAUAUAACUAUUUACUCUGUGCAGAUUUGUCGUACGAUAGAAAAAAUUAGAUUUAUGAUUUUAUUCAUUAUACAUAUAUAUAUAUAAACAAUUAUAUUUGAUAUAUUACAUAUAUAUAUAUAUUUAUAUAUAUAUACAUAUAUACAUAUAUAUAUAUAUAUUAUAUAUAUAUAUAUAUGUAUGUACAAGGGAGCCUGAUAGUUGGAAUCUACGGCUAUAUCGUUUCUUUUAUACACGUUGUACAUAAAUAUUGUACAAAGUGAUACAAAAAAAAAAACAAACAGCGAGGUAAAACACAACAUGGAUCAUAAUGUUACCAUUUUAUUAUAUAAACGUACAUACACAAGCAGUCAAGUAAAAUAGAAUGCUUCGAAAAACGAUAUAUAUAUAUAUAUAUAUCGUAUAUAUACAUAUAUAUAUACAUAUAUAUAUAUAUGUACAUAUAUAUAUAUAUAUAU